AUGGAAAUAACGCUGAGUGGCUCCUCUCAAGCCUGGCGACAGCGACACGCCCGUGGCAAAGAUACGAGCACGCCAAACUGCCAUUCUCGGGAAAAACUUGCCGUGGAGCGACGUCAGCGUCAAGCGGAGUCGCCAACACAACCAGUGCAACAGGAAAUGAUGGCGCCUGCAAAGUCGGACGGCGACAAAGAAGACAACACCUCUGUUUGGUCUUCUCCACAAAUUAAAGCGUUGAAACAAUCCGCCACAAAUCUAUACAUCGAGUCGAGCAACGACCACAUGUCGACGGAUGACCAUGAAGAGCGUUGCCGAAGCAAAAAACAUCCAAGGUGGAGUAUCCACCACCAGCUACGUCACUGCAUUCGUCGUCGUCGAAUCCUAUCGUUGGAUCUUAAGCGAUGGGACAAGUUUCUCUUACGUUUCGGCUCCAUGUGGAGCCAGUGGGGGCUUGCAACCUCCCACUCGCGACUACAUCACUGCAACCAGCAAGGUGUUGUGAGUGUGGUUCCCACGAGCUAUCCGAAUCCGCAUAGCCGAACCAUUUCACAGGAGGCUGUAGCUCCACACGAUGUCGUCGAUGGCGUUUUCGUCGGUGCUACGCUUGCCGAUGAGCGAUGCAUCGAUGCGACUAGACAGGGUGGUGGCAUCCUCGGAUGCAAAUGCGAGCGCGAUCCCGAGGAUUGGUCAUUAAAUGUCGAAGGUGACGAAAUCACUGCUGGCUGA